CCUCUAUAAUCUCAACUUAUUAAAGUAUUAACUCGUUUUAACCAGCUGAACCGACCCAGAGACUCGGACUGUAAAACCCUUUAAACCAAUCCAUUUUCUUUCCUUUUGGUUCCACUUUUCUUUGCUUAAAGAAGCUUGGGAGAGAGAGAGAGAGAGAGAGAGAGAGGAAUGAACAGGUAAAACCUGCCAUGACUAGCAGAAAUUCAAUCUCUUCUUUGUCUUUGAGAGCAAAAGAAAGGGAAAGGAAAAGAAAAGAAGAAAAAGGUGAGGCUUAGCAUCUAUCUUGUUUAUCAAGAUUCUUUCUAUCAAGAUGUUUGAUUCUUUAAGCCUACACACACUUGAAGUUUUUCAGAUUCCUUUCACUUUUCUUCCCUACUUUCCUAGAAAAUCUUUUGUUGUUCUAACGCUUAAAUCCCUUUGUCUUUGCUUCAAGUCCUUCCAAACUCAACUCUCUUGAGAAAGAAGAAAAAACAUAUUUUUUCCCACGAGCCAAACAUGGUCCCUCUCAUUGUCUUGGCAUUAUUCUCACUUGUAACCACGGCAUGUUCUGCUUCAUUGGUUUCUGAUUUUCACGUCUUGGUGGCACUUAAACACGGGUUUGAGUCCCCUGAACCGAUGUUGAGCUCAUGGAAUUCAUCGGAUCCUAGUUCUUUAUGUUCAUGGACCGGAAUCGGAUGCUCCGGUGGCCGAGUUGUGUCGUUGGACUUGACCAGUAUGAACGUAUGCGGCUCGGUUUCACCCCGAAUUUCGAUACUCGAUAGGCUAACAAACCUUUCUCUCGCCGGCAACAACUUCACCGGAAGCAUCGAUAUAUCAAAUAUGAGUGAGCUUCGAUAUCUCAACGUUUCGAACAAUCAGUUCGACGGUCACCUUGAUUGGAACUAUGCAAGUAUAGGCAACCUGGAGGUGUUGGAUGCUUAUAACAACAAUUUCACUGCUCUGCUGCCGGUUGGUGUCGUUGGAUUGAAGAAACUCAGGUACUUGGACCUCGGUGGCAACUAUUUCUAUGGCACAAUCCCACCGAGUUAUGGCACAUUGGUCGGGUUGGAGUAUCUUUCACUCGCGGGAAAUGAUCUUCAUGGCAAAAUCCCCGAUGCGUUAGGCAAUCUGGUGAACCUGAGAGAGAUUUACUUGGGGUAUUACAAUGUUUUCGAUGGUGGUAUCCCUUUUGAGUUUGGUAAAUUGAUAAAUUUGGUUCACAUGGAUCUCUCUAGCUGUGAAUUGGAUGGCCCAAUUCCUCAUGAGCUCGGGAACUUGAAGUUACUUGAUACUCUGUACCUCCAUGUCAAUCGACUCUCGGGUCCAAUUCCGAAGCAGUUAGGCAACUUGACUAACUUGGUGAACCUCGAUCUCUCCCACAAUGCGCUCACCGGAGAAAUCCCGUCUCGGUUCGUCGAUCUCAAACAGCUCAGGCUGUUCAAUCUCUUCAUGAACAGACUGCAUGGCUCCGUUCCGGACUUUGUAGCUGACUUGCCUAAUUUGGAGACGUUGGGGCUAUGGAUGAACAACUUCACUGGUGUUAUACCCGAGAAUCUCGGUCGAAAUGGGAAGCUGCAGUUGCUUGAUUUAUCGUCCAACAAGCUGACCGGUACGAUUCCUCGAGGCCUGUGUGAUUCCAAUCGGUUAAGGAUAUUAGUUUUGAUGAAAAACUUCCUUUUCGGAUCUGUUCCGGAAGAACUGGGGAGAUGUUAUAGUCUCACUAGAGUCAGGUUGGGGCAGAAUAACUUGAAUGGUACCAUUCCUAAUGGUUUCAUUUACUUGCCUGAGCUGAACUUAGCUGAAUUGCAGAACAAUUACCUUUCGGGAACGUUGGCCGAAAACGGUAACAUGUCGUCGAGACCGGUUAAGUUAGGCCAGCUUAAUUUGUCAAACAAUCUCCUCUCAGGUCCAUUGCCGUAUUCACUUUCAAACAUGUCUUCUCUCGAAAUCCUUUUACUUAGCGGAAACCGAUUCUCAGGUCCGAUACCACCCUCUAUAAGUGAACUCAGGCAAGUUUUGAAGCUCGAUCUUAGUAGAAAUUCGCUUUCUGGUAUCAUUCCACCAGCAAUUGGGAACUGUUUUCAUCUUACAUACCUUGAUAUGAGCCAGAAUAACCUCUCUGGCUCAAUUCCGAUGGAGAUUUCCAAUUUGCAUAUCCUGAGUUACUUGAAUGUAUCUAGGAACCACUUAAAUGAGGUCAUUCCUAAAAGCAUUGGAUCGAUGAAAAGCCUCACGGUUGCCGACUUCUCAUUCAACCAUUUCUCCGGGAAGCUGCCCGAAUCUGGCCAGUUCACCGUCUUUAAUGCUUCGUCAUUUGCGGGCAAUCCUCAACUUUGUGGUUCUCUGCUCAACAACCCUUGCAAUUUGACAGCAAUCUCAAGAACCCCUAGGAAGGCCCCUGGGAACUUCAAGCUAAUAUUUGCAAUAGGCCUUUUAAUAUGCUCUCUAAUAUUCGCCAGUGCCGCUAUUAUCAAGGCCAAGUCGUUCAAGAAAAACGGUUCGGAUUCUUGGAAGAUGACUGCGUUCCAAAACAUCGAAUUCACUGUUUCCGACAUCCUCGAAUGUGUGAAAGAAGGCAAUGUAAUCGGAAGAGGAGGUGCAGGCAUUGUUUACCAUGGGAAAAUGCCGAACGAUAUGGAAAUUGCAGUGAAAAAGCUUCUUGGCUUCGGCACAAGUAGACACGAUCACGGUUUCCAAGCCGAAAUCCAGACGCUAGGAAACAUCAGGCACCGGAACAUUGUCAGGCUGCUAGCGUUUUGCUCCAACAAGGAAAGUAAUCUCUUGGUCUACGAGUACAUGAGAAACGGGAGCCUCGGAGAAGCGUUACACGGGAAGAAAAAGGGUGCAUUCCUAGGAUGGAACUUGAGGUACAAAAUUGCAGUGGAAGCAGCUAAAGGACUAUGCUAUCUUCACCAUGAUUGUUCGCCGUUGAUCAUUCAUCGAGACGUGAAAUCGAACAACAUCUUGCUCGAUUCAAGCUUCGAAGCACACGUUGCCGAUUUUGGAUUGGCGAAAUUCUUGGUCGACGGGGGUGCAUCGGAGUGCAUGUCGGCUAUUGCAGGGUCCUAUGGCUACAUUGCUCCUGAAUAUGCAUACACAUUGAGGGUAGACGAAAAAAGCGACGUGUAUAGCUUCGGAGUGGUUCUUUUAGAGAUGAUAACCGGCCGACGACCGGUGGGCGAGUUCGGAGAAGGUGUAGAUAUAGUACAUUGGGCUAAACGAGUGACGAAUUGUCGACAAGAAGAAGUUAGCAGCAUUGUGGAUCCAAGGCUAACAUCCGUGCCCAAAGCCGAAGCGAUGCACUUAUUGUUCAUCGCAAUGCUAUGCGUACAAGAAAAUAGCAUCGAACGCCCCACCAUGAGAGAGGUCGUUCAGAUGCUAUCGGAGUUUUCUCGACAGUCGCCGGACUAUCAUCCUUCGUCUUCGUCGGUCAUUCCAAAAAAGUUUUGAAAAGAAGAACAUAAUUGAAUAAGUGAAUGGGAUAUUUGAGUUUAUGGGUUAGGAAGAUUUGGUGAGCCAGAAAUAUAUAGGAUUAGGAAUAAUAUCAAAGGAUUGUAACCUUAACAAUGGGGUCUUGUAUUAUCUAUAUUUAAA